AAUACGGCAACCCAGUGUGCCGUGGGCUUGUAUUCACAGUCUCGACGCUUGCACGAGCACAACUCACUCUUACGUUAGCUCUCGUACAAGCUGAACGCAUCGCUACUCGGCUCUCAACACUAAGGUCUGCUUCUAUUUCGUCAGUUUCACGACGAUUCACGGUUCAAAAUGCCUGAGGUGGACUGCUCGCAGUUUUUACAGUUGCCCGAUAAGUGUUCAAGCGACUUCAACAAGCCCAGUCCAUUGGCUCUCCUAGCAGCAACCUGCAAUAAGAUCGGCGGCCCAGCACCCGCCGUGACCAAGCCCUCUCACGCCAUAGCACCGCACCAAGCAUCGAUCAAGACAGACCGAGUCCCGGGCUACUUCGCUCCUCGCGUGCCGGUGUCAUCAUCCCCACCGGCCUUGGGGACAACGAUGAUCUCACCGCACCACGCAGUAGUCCCUGCCGUACCCAGAUGCGAGCUGCCCCCAACGCCACCAGCAGAGCCGUUCCCGGGCUGCAUGCCGCCGGCUCUGCCUCAUAGCUCCCCGGUCAUGUCUACGGUGUGCCCGCACUCCGUGGCUGCUGCCGCGGCAUACUUCAACGCCUUCCACCCGCCGGUCUCAGCCUGCCCCAUGGGACUGACCCAACUCCCUGCCGGCCUGUCGUCACCUCACUGCCACGGGGUCCAUGGACUUGAACAUUUACAGCACUACCUACCAAGCGGUAUGCUGUCCCCUCCUCAUUCCCUCAACAUUCCGCUGACCGUUCAGCCGACUCCGGAAGAGAUACCCUGGUGGAGUGUUUCCACCCCAAGCCAACCCGUGCCACCAUCACCCCUCACUCCUCCAUCCCCUGGACUAUGCAGCUACGCCGGCCCGAUAUUCCACCAGCAGUCUCCCAUCAGUGGCUACUCCCCGUACCAGUUCCCCGGACUUUUCGAUCACAAGUCGUCCCUGGCUAAGCUGGCGGCUAGACGAUGCCGGCGCUGCCGGUGCCCCAACUGCCAGAACGCCAGCAACUCCGGCGAGCCCACCAAACGGAAGCAGCACAUCUGUCACAUCCCAGGCUGCGGUAAAGUCUACGGUAAGACGUCCCACCUCAAGGCACACCUCCGCUGGCACUCUGGGGAACGGCCCUUCGUCUGCAACUGGCUGUUCUGCGGCAAGAGCUUCACGCGGUCCGAUGAGCUGCAGCGGCAUCUCCGGACGCACACCGGGGAAAAACGCUUCAUUUGCCCCGACUGUGGGAAGCGCUUCAUGCGCAGCGACCACCUGUCCAAGCAUCUCAAGACCCACUCCCUGAAGAAGGCCGAGUCUGAUUCCAAGCUCAUGGAUGAGGAGGAGUGUGAGGAGGACUUGCAAGAUGAAAUCUUGGACGUGACAUCUUAAAGACUUGAACGUUUGGAAAUGCAUCUCAUAGUGGCUGAAUUUCAACUUGAACUUAACGAUGAUUUCUAAUUUAUUGAUUUUUUUUUGCAUAAAACUCUUGGAUGCUUUUGAAAAUCUUUGCCAAAAAUUGCCAAGUUAAAAUGAAUUUCGUCCGGAUGAAAAUUCAGAAUGGCUUUUGAAGUUUUCCAAUUACUGCCAAAAUUAAAGACAGAAAUAUACAUUUUGAGCUUUUGCUUUGAAAGCUAGUGAACAUUUAAUGUUCGUUCAAUCUGGAACCUAAUUUUGAAAAUUUUAUAUCAUUUUGGUUUUUACUUUUUCAAUGAUUGUGUAAUUGAUUAUCCUACUGUUCAUUUUUUUUACGGGCGAUCGUAUUUUGGAAUAUUAAAUUAUUAGAAUGUUUUCAUUGAGAAUA